AUGUCAGCAAGCUCGACGGGGAGAUCUCCCUCGGCUGGAGUGAACUCUUCCUUGCACCACCACCAUCACCUUCCACAUCAACAUCAACACAGCCUAUCACACUCUCCUGAUCACACCGAGCAACCUCGAUCGCAGGACCUGCAGUCGCAGCUGCACGCCUCGUCACAAAGCUCUGCGAUCGCUUCGUCGUCCCGGCAUACUCUCGACCAAGACGGGGAAGCUUCAGAUCCAUCAGCACCAGCACAUCCAGUAGCCUCCUCCUCGUCAGCGAACCGACGACGAACAUCCGCAUCCUCCCUUCUAUCGUCGCCAGCGUCCACCUACGCAAUCGACGACUCUGACCUCGGUUCACAGUCUCUCUCGCUCUCGGCACAUCUACAGGCAGCGUCUCAGCCCAGCAGCAACAGCCUCGACAGUCGUGCUGUCACUUCAGACCAUUUCAACACCUCGGCGAUGGCCACUCUCACCGUCAACACGCCUCCCGCUGCUCACCAAUCCGAUCCAAUGCUGCAGUAUCGCUCCACUAACAGUCCGCUCCACAAGUCGUCUGCCUCCUUCCAUCAGCAUCAUCGUUCCUCCUCUCCCCCACCUCCGUCUGUGUCCUAUACACAGCCUCCCGUCACCUCGUCACUCGCCAACGUUACUGCGGGCGACGGCUGGGCCAUCGUUCCUAAAUCUGCCAGGUCCAGCCCCGCGGUUCCCGAUGCUGCUGUCGCUGCUGCGGCCGCUACCGCUAAUGCAUCAGCAUCGUCCAGCGCGCCGUCAGCUUCGACAGCCCAGCAGCCCAGCAUUGCCGAUCUCACCGGUCUCAGUCAGGCUGCGUACGCACACACCGCCAACGAUGCUUCCAACCGUCGCUGCGGACCUGCCGAUCUGGGCUCCAGCUACGAUGUCCCCUUCGGAGAGAGGGCCUCCCCCGCCAUCAUUUCUCUUGCUCAACGCAACGCACGACCCCUGAGCCGCAACGGUACUCGCCCACCGAGUCCGUUGACCUUGUCACCCGCCCUGCCAAGCGAUUCACUCAAUCCGUCAGGCUCGCAUCGAGGAGGUCUUCGUGGUUCCGAUGAGGACCUCGAGGUUCCGGACAAGGACGUCGCCAUGGAUACCAGCGACGAUAGCUGUACCUCGACCGGCGCUACGCCUCUUGUGCCACCAGCAACCCGCAAGCUCUGUGUUCGACAUCAGCGCAUGGCCGAUGAAGGCACCACCGCCCGGCUGCAGAAGUCGAUCGAAAGUCUGCCCUUGGCUGAUCAAACAGCCGUCAACACGGUCUGGUCGCUCUUCUCGUCUUCCACUCAUUCACGAAGGGCACUCAUUCUCCAAGGUAUCCUCACCAUGUGCUGCUUCAGCCAGCUCUCGCUCUUGUCCUCAGAGCUGGCGCUGGCUAUCCGCAUCGACCCCUUCUCGCUCUUCCCUCGAGAGGUGUCGCUCAAGGUGCUCGGUCAUCUUGACGCGAUGAGUCUCGGCAGGGCUGCACAGGUCAGCCGUUCGUGGAAGCAGCUAGCCGACGAUGAUCUGCUUUGGCGUAACAUGUGCGAGCAGCACAUCGAGCGCAAGUGCGAAAAGUGUGGUUGGGGUCUGCCGCUGCUCAGCGAACGUCGUCGUCGUGCGCCCGGUCCUGCUGUGCAGCUCGGUACGCCAGAGUCGCGCGAUCUUAGCUCCGACGGUUCUGGGUGUACUUCUUCUACCACGCCUGGUUCACUGAAGCGCAGCAUCACCGCCGCUGCCAAUGCUGCUGCACUCGAAAAGCAGUCGCGCUCUCGUGCUUCCAGCCCCUCGCCUUCUAGCGGUCGAAACCACUCGCGCUCCAUCUCGGGCCAGCGCGAUCUGCAGAUGGACACCAUCCACGAGCAACGAGACCGCGAUGCUCCUCCUCUCAAGAAGCAGCGCAGCGGGCUCAAUGGCGAGGCGACUGCCUCUGGUUCGUCCUCUAGCGGCGUCCCCAAAACCCGUCCUUGGAAGUCGGUCUACUGCGAGCGUCUGGCUAUCGAGCGCAACUGGCGUCGCGGUCGCUACACCUCGCGCACGCUCACUGGUCAUACGGACGGCAUCAUGUGUCUCCAAUUCAACGAGAACCUGGCGCACCCUGCCUUCCCCGUUGUCAUCACGGGUAGCUACGACCGAACUGCGCGAAUUUGGAAUCUAGAGACGGGCGAGAUGCUCCGCGUGCUCGAGGGUCACACACGCGGAGUGCGCUGCUUGCAGUUUGACGAGGCUAAACUCAUCACUGGCUCCAUGGACCGCACGCUCAAGAUCUGGAACUGGAGGACAGGAGCGUUGAUGCGCACUCUCGAAGGUCACACCGAAGGCAUUGUUUGCUUGCAUUUCAACGAUGAUACUCUCGCUAGUGGCAGUGCCGACAGCAACAUCAAGAUCUGGAACUUCCGCACGGGCGAGUGUUACACCCUUCGAGGCCACCGCGACUGGGUCAACGCCGUCACACUCUGGACUGGCCCAGCAGCCAAGAAGCGCCAGCAGCGUCUGCGUGAAGCGCUGCGUGAAGCUCGUCCCACCACCUCGAUCAAGGAAGAGGACCCGACUGCAGCUGGCACGUUCCUCUUCUCGGCUUCCGAUGACGGCUCGAUCCGACUUUGGGAUUUGGGCCUGCGCGAGUGUCUGCUCACUUUUGAGGGCCACGUCGGCCAGGUGCAGAGUUUGAAGCUGGUCAUGAUGGACGACGAGGCCGUGCGAAAGCUUGUCGGCGGUGCAGCCGGCGGCGUCGAAGCUGAAGCACCUGCGCACCAGCGUAACGGUGGCCCGCGUCCGAACGGCAACGGUGACGAAGAGGCGAAUGCUUUCGAGGUCGGAGACCAGGAUAUGCUCUCAUUGGAAGACCAGGAGUCAUACUUCCUCGGUGAUGCUAGCCUUUCGCCGUCUCGCCAACAAUUUGGCGGUGGCUUGGCAUCAUCUGUGGGAGCGGCAGACAUUGGACCCGGUGCCAGCAGCAAUUCCACCAGGGUCGGCGCCGCCGCUGCGCGCCGAGCAUCCAACGCCAGCGAGAUCCCCGAACGCUUCUACCAAGCUGGCAACGGUAGCGGCGCUGGCCCUCGCCGCUCCGGGUCUGGUGCUGGUUCGUCUUCCGCUUCGUGUGAAUCGCAGCAGCGACAGCGUCGUCGAAUCGACAAGACGCUCCUGCGUGUUCAGGAGCGUCUUUGCGCGGCUGGGCUCGUCGAUCCGCUGCCGCUGGAUGCCGAGAUGGGCGAUUUGGACCCUACCAUUCGUGCAGUUCGAUCCAGCAACGGCAACCGCUCCGGCGACGAGCAGCAACAAUCACAGCGCAGUGGACAGUCGAGCACCGGUAUCGGCAGCAGCAGCAGCAACAACAGCAAUAACUCAGCCAAUGCGGAUCGUCACCAUGCCAAGCCUCGACCUGUGCUCAUCUCGGGCUCGCUGGAUAACACGCUCAAGAUCUGGGAUGUGCGCACGGGCCGAUGCAUCCGAACGCUGUUUGGCCACGUCGAGGGCGUCUGGUCAUUGGAUGUAGACAAGCUGCGCAUUGCGUCGGCGUCACAUGACCGGACGAUCAAGAUCUGGGAUCGCGAUACGGGCUAUUGCCAGAACACGUUGGUGGGGCACAAGGGUGCGGUGACGUGCGUUAGUCUGAGUGAUGAUAAGAUCGUCAGUGGCUCGGACGAUGGUGAUAUUAAGGUGUGGAGUUUCGCUGCUGGGGCGGGUAAUGUGACGCCGGUGCCGACGCAGAGUAGUGGUGCGUCGGCGGUAGCGACUACCCCGCAGCACCGGUUCGCUACACCGGUGAACAACGGUGAUCUCGGCGGUCCUGCUCCUGUGGACUGA